AUGGCUGAAAAUUCAUCCCAGGCGGGUAAUACCAAACGAUCGAUAGCCAACGCGAUCGAGGUGCAACUUGUGCUCAAAACACAAGAAACACGUUUUUUGUUUUUCAACGUUGACGCUGGCUGUUACUCUCCAUCACGUCAAGUAUCUACAGGCGCUGUCACACACGCAUAUCGGAAUUCCAGUGCCGGACUGAGCAAUUCGUCACAAAAUCGAGCCGGUGUGCCAUCUUGA